GCGCGCUUCAUCCAUCACUUCCUGCCGGGGGCUCCACGAGGAGGGCAGCGCCGUCCGCACGCUGCCCCGGGCAGCUCUGGGAGCCGGGGUGGCGAUGGCCAGCCUGGCCGCCCAGGACUCCUACCUGCAGGGCUUGGCCAGGAGGGCCGGCGUGCAGCACUCUCCGGAGUCGCGGAAGAGGAAAUUGGUGUCUAAGCCAGGCCAGCCCGAGGAUGCUGGCAGACAGGUCAAGAAACAGAAGAAAAAGAAGCCCAGGAAGCAAACUGAGAAGAAGAAUGCUCCUUCAGCCAAGCAGGUGGUUUCUAACACCAGUAAACCCACUCCAGGACAGAAAGUAGCCCCUCAAGCCAGCAAAUCAUCUCCACAGGGUGGCACACAGAACAGAAAGGAGAGUUUGGCUACAGGAAGUAAAAGUGAACUGAGUUCCCCUUCUGUUUCUGCAAUCAGCCUGUUGCGUCAGAGACUCCACGAGAAGAUUAAAAAGGCUUCUGGACAGGAUAAUGCCAAGGAGUUAACCCCUGCAGUGCUGGAGAAGAGGCAGAGAAGGAAGUAUGAGAGAGAGAGAAAGAAACGCCGGCGAAAGGAGUUGAAGAUGAAGGCAAAAAUGGAGAAGAAAGAGACUGAGGAGGUACCAGCAGAGCCAGAAGACAAAAAGGAGGAGAGCAAAGCCGACAUUGUCUUCAACAGGGUUAAAGUUCAUGAAGAGAAUGAGUUGAACAAGGUCCAGAAGAAGAAAGAGAAGAGGAAAGCGGUGAAAGGCAAUAUCACUCCUCUGACAGGCAAGAACUACAAGCAGCUGCUGAGCAGGCUGGAGACCAGGAAGAAUAAACUGGAGGAGCUCAAGGAGAAGGACGAGAAGAAAGCUCAGGAGCUGGAGACCAAGAUAAGAUGGACAAAUGCCCUCUAUAAGGCAGAAGGGGUGAAGAUCCGUGACGAUGAGGAGCGUCUGAAGGAGGCCCUGAAGCGCAAGGAGAAGCGGCGAGCGCAGCGCAAGAGGCAGUGGGAGGAACGGACUGUGAGGGUGGUGGAGAAGAUGCAGCAGCGGCAGGACAAGCGCAAGAAGAACAUCCAGAAGAAGAAGAAAGAGAGGAUAGAGAAGAAGAAAGCCAGGGCCCGGAAGAAGGGCCGAGUUCUGCCAGAGGACUUGAAAAAGGCUGGGUUAUAGUGAGAGCGAGGCAGCUCUCCUGGCAUUGGGGUUCCAGGGUCUGUCACACAGGGCUGUGUCACUGUCCCAGGCCACAGCUUCCCAGCCUCAUCAUACUAAAAAAACAGUUGUAUGUUUGUUAAUAAAGUUUUCUAUCCUAAAGAAACACC